AUGCAGGCGGCACCUGGGCUCCCGCGCCAGCCCUCGUCGUCUCUGCAGCCGCCUUCGUCACCCCCCACGACCGACCAUGUUGCAUCCACAGCGCACCCAGCACUUGCCUCGGGCGAUCUCGCCACAUUCCUCCAGCCCUCAUUUGAUGCUGCGACAUACGUGAGCCAGCUGAUCAGCGGCGUCGACGCACAGCUCGACGUGUCGCGCUCUGCCGCACAACCUCCAACACCUUCGGCCAAACUCGCCGUCUCGCCCAGUGGGCUCCUCCGGCCAGCGAGCCCUGGCAGUCUCCCACCAAGUGCGCAAAAUGCAGAAGCAUCAAGGACAAACCUUUCGCUCGCCUCGCCUUCUGCAGCUGCGCCCACCGCCGAUGCAGCUGCGGGCAGCUCGAAAGCGCAGGCGGCGCAACGCAAGCGCGAGCAGGACCAGGAGGAAGUCGACCUCUCGCUCGCCAUCUCUCGUCUCAAUCUGGCCAUCGAAGAGCUGGACCGCUCCAUCUCGACGCAGGUCACGGCUAAUGCACCCGCACUGCUCCAGCGCACCUCGCGCCUCGCAACCAUGCAGCACGGGCUCGAACAGACCAAACAAGGCGUCCAAUCGCUCGACAUCGAGGUGGCCAACCUCCGCCGCAAGGUGCACGACCCUUUCCAAAGGCUCACGGAGCUGCAGGCUGAUCUGCGCGUGUACGACGGCGCGGGCGAGCUUGUCGCCAAGGCGGUCAAGUUUGUCGGGCUUGCCAGGAGGCUCGAGACGCAGAUGGAGGCGCUCUUCGCCAAGAAGGACGGCACGGCGACAGGCAAGGCCGCCGAGGCAGAUGGUGAGGAUGCGGUGGUGGGACUGGUGCACGGGCGCGAUCUGUCGCGGGCGGCUCUGCUGAUCCACGAGAUAUCGGACAUGCUCGACUCCGAGCGGCCCCACGGCAGCGACGGUCUGUUGGCCCUCAAGCUCGUACAGGACGUGGUGCCUGUGGUCGAGAGUGCGCGCAAGACGGUGGUCGACUAUAUGGAGGACAUGAUCGUGCGCGGGCUGCGCGAUCUAUCACCGGUGAUGCUCGCAUCGAGUCUGCAGACGGCGUUCAACCUCGGCACGCUGCCCACGCUGGUCAAAGACCUGCUCGACGAUCUGACCGAGGUGGUUAGGGAGCGCACAGCGGCUGCGCUCGAUCUGGAUGCCAUCGCGCGCCAGCUCGGCCUGGCGAUUCCCUCGCUCGAAGCGUCGAAUCCGAGCUACUCGACCUACCGCGGCGGACGGCGGAGGGACGACGCAAGCGCUCGGCAGCAGCAGCAGGCGUGGUCCGAUGCGCUGUGGAAGCGGCUCGAGUCGCUCAUCGUCGUCGAGAUGGGCGCGGUGUGCAGCAAGGUGUACCUGCUCGAAAAGGUGCUCAAGCUCAAGACGGACGCCGAGACGGGCGUCAACUUCCUCGCAGCCGCACUAAACGUGCUCGGCGACAAGCCCAGCCACACCUUCUGGCGCACCCUGGCGCAGUGUCUCGAGCAACAGACUGGCGCUGCGGCGGCCAGGUCGCCCUGGGUGGCUCAGCUGCUCUCGAGCGGGAUUGCGGCGGAGAACACGCCGGGUGGGAUGGUCAUGGGUGGGUAUAUGCGGCUGUUGAGGCUGCUGCACGAGUUCUUUGCCAAGAUCACCGUGUACACCGACGUGCAGUAUACGCAGACGCACCAGAGUGCCGAGACGGUGAUUCUCUUGCGCGGGCUGGCGCCACUCGAAAAGGGGUAUGUGGACAAGGCGACGUGGCGGGUGGCCGAGGUGCUGUCGCAGGUCGUCGCGCCCACACGCAAGACCGCACUCGACGCAAGUCGCGAGGCUGACGGCGUGGUUGCUCUCGUGGCCAAUGCGGUCGAUGGCGUGCGUUCGGAUCCGCUUCUGCUGCGUGCGGUGGUUGACCGCUGCACAGCGCUGGUCGAGCAGUACGCUACCCGUCUCGACAAGGUGGUUGCGGAGGAUGCGUCGGCGUGGCUAGUCGAUGGCCGCGCUGUUGAAGCAAGCGCUUCCCAGACAUGGAACGCUGCGCUCGUGCGCUUCUCGUACGCGCUGGCUACAGGCAUUGCCAAUGUCGCAGCGGAGCAGGAUGCUGCAAGCGCGAGCUAUGCGGCGACGCGCCUGCACGUCGCUGUCGACACGAUCAUCGGUGCAACGCGGCGCGUGCUGCUGGAUCCGUUGGUGCGUGCAGCCGAGCAGACGGUUGCGGAGCGCAUGGGCAAGAUGCACGUGCAGCUGGCAUCGCGUGGUGCAGUGCACCAGCGCGGCGUCUCGAUCGAUGCCACCUCGGGCGCCUCGGCGUACAUCUCGGACGUCUGCGAUGCGCUUGCUUUCCUCCGCGACCACCUCCUCCCGCUCUAUCCGCCUCAGCUGCGCGCCUCGCUCGCAGGGGCGGUGGCUGCAACCGCUGCCCACUGCUUCCUGCUCCACGCGGGUCUGCUGGCAUUGCCCGAGCAGGCGGACAAGGUGAAGCUCCGACUUGCCACCGAUAUGACCGAGCUCGAAUUCGCACUCACCCAGCUCGUGGGCGAGGCGCCCAAGCCCUCUCAGGGUGGAAAGUGGGUCGAUUACGCUGGGCGAACGGACGUGGUGGGCAACAUGAAGCUGUUCCGCCGCACGCUGUUCAUGGACACGCACCAGUCCGAGGAGGAAGCAAAGGGUGUCAAGCCGAAUUCUGUGUUUGCGGUCGCGUUGGCGCUGCACCUCGUGUCCCGGGCCGGAGCGCUGGACAAGGUUCUUGCAGCAACGGCAAAGCCGACGAGACCUUCGGAUGCAGCAGCCAGGUCCGAGCUCGUUCGUUCCGCCAUGCAUUCCACCACGGACCUCAUUGGACGCCUUCACCCUGCCCUCACCAAUGCCUCGCUUGACGCUGAGACCACCCGCAUUGUCAACACCCUCCUACCAUCCACUUCGGCGUAG